AUGCCGGGGCUGGCGCGGAGGGCGCCGCCGCCGCCGCCGCAGUCGUCCUCCUCCGGCUUCCUCUAUCGGCGGCUCAAGACGCAUGAGAAGCGGGAGAUGCAGAAGGAGAUCCUGUCAGUGCUGGGGCUCCCGCACCGGCCCCGGCCCCUGCACGGCCUCCAGCAGCUGCAGCCCCCUGCGCUCCCGCAGCAGCAGCCUCGCGGGGAGCCCCCUCCCGGGCGGCUGAAGUCCGCGCCCCUCUUCAUGCUGGAUCUGUACAACGCCCUGUCCGCCGACGACGGCGACGAGGACGGGACGUCGGACGAGGACAGGGGGCAGCCCGGGCCCAGCGGAGGAACCGGCUCGUCCCAGCCCCGGCAGCCGCCCCCCGGAACCGCGCACCCCCUCAACCGCAAGAGCCUCCUGGCUCCCGGACCUGGCGGCGGCGGCGCGUCCCCACUGACUAGCGCGCAGGACAGCGCCUUCCUCAACGACGCCGACAUGGUCAUGAGCUUUGUGAACCUGGUGGAGUACGACAAGGAGUUCUCCCCUCGCCAGCGACACCACAAAGAGUUCAAGUUCAACUUAUCCCAGAUUCCUGAGGGUGAGGCGGUGACGGCUGCAGAGUUCCGAAUCUACAAGGACUGUGUUGUGGGGAGUUUUAAAAACCAAACUUUUCUUAUCAGCAUUUAUCAAGUCUUACAGGAGCAUCAGCACAGAGAUUCUGACCUAUUUUUGUUGGACACCCGCGUAGUGUGGGCCUCGGAAGAAGGCUGGCUGGAAUUUGACAUCACGGCCACUAGCAAUCUGUGGGUCGUGACACCACAGCACAACAUGGGGCUUCAGCUAAGCGUAGUGACUCGGGAUGGACUCAGCAUCAACCCCCGAGCUGCAGGCCUGGUGGGCAGAGACGGCCCUUACGACAAGCAGCCCUUCAUGGUGGCCUUCUUCAAAGUGAGCGAGGUCCACGUGCGCACCACGAGGUCAGCCACUGGUCGGCGCCGACAGCAGAGUCGCAAUCGCUCUACCCAGUCCCAGGACGUGUCGCGGGUGUCCAGUGCUUCAGAUUACAACAGCAGUGAAUUAAAAACAGCCUGCAGGAAGCAUGAGCUUUAUGUGAGCUUCCAAGACCUGGGAUGGCAGGACUGGAUCAUUGCACCCAAGGGCUAUGCUGCCAAUUACUGUGAUGGAGAAUGCUCCUUCCCACUCAACGCACACAUGAAUGCUACGAACCACGCCAUCGUACAGACCUUGGUUCACCUUAUGAAUCCUGAGUAUGUCCCCAAACCAUGCUGUGCACCAACUAAACUAAACGCCAUCUCGGUUCUUUACUUUGAUGACAACUCCAACGUCAUCUUGAAAAAAUACAGGAACAUGGUUGUAAGAGCUUGUGGAUGCCACUAACUCGACUCUAGUUGCUGGGGACGCAAAAACCACCUUGGAUUCUAGACUACACCUGCCUUAAAACAUGCCGAAGCACGGUGAGAGUGGAGGAUGACUCUGAAACCCCCUCAAGCGGGUUGGUGCCUUGCUGCCCAAGGGAGAUUUAAAGGACCUGAUGAAUCAUCUGCUCACGUGGUAAAUAACGUAGUUGUUGGUCUGGAGGAAGCUGAGUUUGAAUGUCUAUAGUAUGAAGUCUGGUACCUGCAGAAACAACUUUGAAGGGUUCCCCUCUCCCUCCCCAAAAAAGCCCACGAAAAUUAGUUUUAGCUUUAGAUCAAGCUAUUUGUGGUGUUAGUGAGUCAAUAGGGAAAAUAACCUUAAAGGAGUAAAAGUCUUCUUGGUAAAAUAUCGUCGGUUCAGUCGUAUUUCUCAAAGGUAGAUUUUACAAACAGAAAUUGGGGGAAAAUGCCUCUAUUCAUAGAUUUCAUUACCAGGAAGGUCCAUUUCAUAGAGGAUCAACAGCCCGGGCUGUAACCAGGCUAUGUGGAAGUGCCUUUUGUCUCGGUCAAUGCUGUUACGUGUUUGUGCUGCAGUUUGUUGGUGUGAAAAUAUACUUAUUUCAGUUAAAACAAACCAUAUCAUUUCCACAUGUCAAUCCUCCCCCAUUUGCUGUUUUCUUUGCUAGUACCAAAAGUAGACCGAUCAUAAUCUGAGCUGACACUGCAAGGGGUGAGAAGCAUUUUUAAUAGCCAUCAUGUUAACCAUGUAACGUGUGAAAGCAAUCCUGCACCUCUUCUUGUUUGGAAUGGCUCUUUGAAAAGCACAUUAACUUCAGGAACAUCGGCUCUAAUAGCUCAUCUAUUUCAGUAAAAUGGUUCUUUGCCUUUUCCCAUCCAGCAUCCUGUGUCUCGGGGUGAGACCCAAGAAGGGAAAUAAACUGAGGGAGGGGCCCAGCCUCUAGGAAUGGGUUUGGAUGGGCAUGCUGUUUCUGAACCGAAACCACAGUUUUCUCUUGUAAGAAGUAAGACUCAGAUUAAAUCUUACAAUAUUUUUAAAAUGUCUUUUUCACAAUCAUGUACUAGGAAACCAAUUUCAUACUAAACUGAUUAAAUAAUACAUUUAUAAUCUAUAACUCUUUGCACUUACAGCUUUUUUGUAAAUAUAAACUAUAAUUUAUUGUCUAUUUUAUAUCUGUUUUGCUGUAACAAAGGAAAGACCAGACUUUUUUUAAAAAAAGAGUUUAUUUAGAAAGUAUCAUCGUGUAAACAAAUUGUACCACUUUGAUUUCCUUUUAAUACAAGACUCAUGAUGCAAAGCUGAAGCCACUCAAGAGGAAUGUGCUUCUCUAGAAAGUUGGGUUUUUUUAAAAGAACAUUUGUGAACCAAACGUGAUUAAUAAAGAUUUCCUUUAAGGCAGACGCUGGUUGAGAUCCUGCUCUGUUGUCAUCUGCCGCAGACAACACGAGUGGUCUUGUUGCUAAGAUGCUUACCACCAGUUACUUUGUGCCAAGUGACCACAUCCCCGAGCAUGGGAGGUGGGGUGAGGAGCACUGGACACAGAGGGGUUAUCAAUCACGAGAAGUCACUUGAUGGCAAAGAACAUACAGGUGCAUAUCUUAAGGGGGCCUAGUCCUAUGAUUGCUUAUUUCCAAGGGUGAUGGUAAAAAUACUUAAUAACCAGGAUGGCAUGAAUUAUAAAGAUGCCAGCAUCGACAGUAACGUGGCCUAAUUAAUUCAGCCCUGCCUACUUCAAGUCUUUGGUCUUGAGGUCAAGUUAAUCCCACUCUUCAUGCAGCAGCAGGUCAACCUCCUCCAAGGCAGACAAAGUACAGUGAGCCUCUAAAAGGACUAUUUAGGAGCAGAAUCUGAAACUGCUUCCAGUUAGGGCCCUGGAGUGGGGCUGCAGGGUCCCCCUGGUCCCCGAUACCCAGACCUAAAAGCUCAGCUAGCCCUCUUGCCCCCAGUAGCAAAUACAACCAGAAUCUUUCUAUGAGUUGGUUAAUAGAAUAAUCAGGACAAGGCUUGUGGAAAUUUCCAAGCCUGCCUUUUCCAUGGGAGACAUCAAAUCUUAAAGUUCACUUGGACUCUGGCUUCAUGUUAACGUAACUAAUGAAAUCAUUUCACCCAUGAGA